CGGAACAUGUAUUGUAUUGUAUGCAAAUGAUCUUUGAUCGCAAUAUCAGCUGUUCAGUUUAUUCUUCUGUCUGUCUGAGUCUUUUUGGGGUCGGUCUGUUGCACAUAUCUCACCAACUAGGUUGCAACACCAAGGCAGCUGCCAGGUAGGAACCCCGGGCCUGUGUACUAAGGGUGAAUAAGACAACAUUUGGCUUUGCAUCAUAUUGUCGAGGACGAGGCUAAUUUCUUGGACUCUAGUCACAAGAUCACAGCCACAGCAGCUUUUGAGGAAAAGUAUUCGAAAAUGUUCAGGUUAAAGUUUUUGUGGCAGUUCUUGGGGUUGUUCACACCAUGCUUUGUAUCAGUUCUACCAAACCCUGACGUUUCCAGUAUUUGUGGUCCAGAGACCAACUCAACAUUAGCCCAGAGAAUCCAGACCUCUCAGUGGAAGGCUACAGAAUGGCUCCUGGACCAGCAGACAGAAGACUGGGGGUGGGACUUCCUUAGUACUGGGGCGGCCAUCUUGUCUCUUCAGCUAGCCAACGAGACCUGGAAGAAUGACCUUGUAUCAAUGGAAACACAGCAGACCAUAAAACAACUCAAUAUUGAGCUGUUGAGUGAAAUAUCACACAAACAUGGCUUCAAGGAAAUGUCUCUAGGAAAGCUAGGCUACUAUGCCAUGGCACUUCAUGCUACUUGCCAUAAUGCCUCCAACUUCCAUGGCCACAACAUCAUGAAACACUUGCAUCAACGGGUGGACAACUUUAACGCUAGUCUUACCUUAAAUUACUUCCCGUACUCCCUGGCGGUGCUUGCCUUGUGCAGCACCGGGAGUGACGUGCCACACAGUGCCAUAGGAACUCUGGAGGGGAUGCAGCAGGAGGAUGGAUGCUUUCCAUUUGGUGUCGAUGUGACGUCUAUGGCAGUCAUGGCUAUGGAUUGCAUGCAGGGUUCAUUCAAUCGUCCUCAAAGACUCAUCCCUCUGAGGAACAUGCUACAGAAAGGUGCCAGCUGCAUCAUGGGAUAUCAGACAUCCGAUGGCGGGUUCAGUAACUCUGAUAAUACAAAUAUUAUUAGCACUGCAUUAGCAGCUCAGGCUUUAAUCGCUGCCCGUAAAUCACCAUCACUAUGGCGAUGUGAAGAUGCCUUAACUCACGUCCUUGAUGCCCAGCUGGAGGAUGGUCACUUUGGUAACCAAGGAAGCACUAUCCAGAUCCUGCCAUUGCUUAGCAACCGUCACCAUGGGAGCUUGUCUGAUAUUCAGCAGGAUUGUCCAGUACAAGAUGCAAUGCAGAGCAUACCCCCGAUUGGACAUAGAGAUCAAACCAUCCAGGUUAACUUUGAGAUCAGUCAGAAACUACUUAAUAGCGAGGGUCAUAAUGUCAUUAGUACUUUCCCUCCAUUCUCUGUUGACAUCCUACCAGGAGAAAACCUUUAUAGGGCCAUGGAACGUGCUCGUCAAGCCGGCUCCUUCAGUUUUGAAUCUAAAUUGACCCAGUUUGGCAACUAUAUUACUUCAAUCCAUGACGUUGUGAAUGAUAAUGCCAACGGUCUCUAUUGGUUUAUAUAUACAGUGGAUGAGAAUGAUGACCAAUCAUUGGCUACUACUGGUUCGGACGGAAUCUUCCCUGAAGAUGGUUCUAGGUAUCAUUGGGUCUAUCGAGCAUAUUAAAAUGGCAUGUGAAAGGGGCUCAGUUCAACUUCACACACACUUGAGCCAACUUAAGGCUGCAUAACCCUCAAUUAUUGAAUCACAUAUUUUGAUCGCAAGCCAUUUGUGCAGUCCUUCUCUGAUUGUUUUUAAUUGUUAUGCUCUUGUUGAAAAAAAUUGUUUGAAUGGCGAUAGACGAGUGGUAUACUUACAUACAAUACAAGCCCCAUUGGCAUUAUCUGCAUGAGCCACCGACUUAUUCAUAUUAAAAAGUACUGAUAUUGUGGUUACUUCACCAUUUUAUCGUGUAUCAUUUAUCUGUACCUAUCUUACUUUGUUAUUCCAAAGGCAUUAUAUGAUCCUACUUCACCAUAGAAGUAUUGAAGAAAAGAAUUUGUCUUGUACAAAUGUUAUAUCAUGAUAUGUCCACACAUUAUAUGGUGGGUAUUUUUUUUAAAACAAUCAUUUUUCAUUAACCAUCACAAUCAACUAUUCAAUGUAAUAACUUUGAUUAAUGAUCAAUACUGUUACAUUAAGUAUGAUAUAUGAAUUGUAUAAUGGGCAUGGAAUAUCUGCUAUCAAAAGAAAUUACUAUAAAUGAACAAAACUAUGCAAUAUUUUGUUGCCUUCUGAGCAGAGUAUUUUAUAAAGGCUUUUUAAACACAUUUAGAUUGAACUAUUAAUGUUUUAAGCAAUAAGUAGCUGACUUGGAAUAGAAUAAUUAUAUUACAAAAAUGUAUAGAAUGAGUCGCAUAUUUCUCCUUCCAUUCCAAAUCUUGAUAACAUGGUUUCAAAUUCAUGUCUGUUUUAGCUAUAAAUAGGUGCA